AUGCUGACUUCCGAAGAAAAACAAGCUAUUGAGCAAGAAGUGACAGCCCUCUCCGAGGAUUAUUACUUUGCGACUCAAACGAAUGAUGAUACCAAUAAUGAUAACACUUCACUCGAAGAACCAACAGCCGAAGCUACAGCCUUGGAGCCUCGAAAUAAUAGCAACACAUCCACCAGACUUGCUCGAUACGCUCAUUUGACCCCUGAACUUGCUUCACACGCUAUGGAGUUUGAGCGCUACCACUUUCUAUGCAAAAACAGCGCCUAG